CAAACUCACUAUUACGUCAGCAUGGGUGCCUGUGAGCUGGCUAUAUCCGGGAGGCUGUGUGCCGGCAUAGUGUAUCAAGACGUUACAAAAGGAGCGUAAGGAGCAUAUAUUUGUGUUGCUGAGUUGUUUUAUUAUUGAGAGAAUGACGGAAGUGGCCAUUACUGAUCAGAUGCAGGAGCUCAAAGUGAAAGAAGGGAAGCAGGGCAAGACAGCAGGCAGUGGUGAUGGAGGGAAGAAGAAGAGCAAAGCAGCUGGAGAUGCAGGGGGUCUAUCUGAGAUGAAUCCUCAACCACGAUAUAUAGAAGACCGUCUGGUUUUGUACAGCAAGCUAAAGGCUGAACACGAUGCUCUGAUGGCUGAAAAAGCUGAGAAGGAGAGCAAGCCGAUCAAGAUCACCCUGCCCGACGGGAAAGUGGUGGACGGCGAGUCCUGGAAAUCCACACCGUACCGGGUUGCCUGCGGCAUCAGCCAAGGCCUUGCCGAUAACACGGUGAUUGCCAAAGUGAAUAACGUUGUGUGGGACCUUGACAGACCAUUGGAGGAGGACUGCAGUUUGCAGCUUCUCAAGUUUGAUGAUGAGGAAGCACAAGCAGUGUACUGGCACUCCAGCGCCCACAUUAUGGGCGAAGCCAUGGAGAGAGUGUACGGAGGCUGCCUGUGUUACGGACCUCCUAUAGAGAACGGUUUCUACUACGACAUGUACCUGGACAAUGAAGGCGUAUCGAGUAAUGACUUCCCCUGUCUGGAGAACCUGUGUAAAAAGAUUAUCAAGGAGAAGCAGCCCUUUGAGCGGUUGGAGGUUAAGAAGGAGACUCUUCUGGAAAUGUUCAAGUACAACAAGUUUAAGUGUAGGAUCCUGAACGAGAAAGUUACCACCCCGACGACUACGGUUUACAGGUGUGGGCCCUUGAUUGACCUAUGUAGAGGACCCCAUGUAAGACACACUGGGAAGAUCAAGGCCUUGAAGAUUCACAAGAAUUCAUCCACUUAUUGGGAAGGCAAGGCGGACAUGGAGACCUUGCAGCGCGUUUACGGCAUCUCCUUCCCCGACCCGAAGAUGCUGAAGGAGUGGGAGAAAUUCCAAGAAGAGGCCAAGAACAGAGACCACCGUAAACUGGGACGGGAACAAGACUUGUUUUUCUUCCAUGAUCUCAGCCCUGGAAGCUGCUUCUUCCUCCCAAAGGGAGCCUACAUCUACAACACACUGGUGGAGUUUAUAAGGAGUGAAUACAGGAAGAGGGGCUUCCAGGAAGUGGUCACUCCAAACGUCUACAACAGCAAACUCUGGCAGACUUCAGGCCACUGGCAGCACUACAGUGAGAACAUGUUCUCCUUUGAGGUGGAGAAAGAGACCUUUGCUCUUAAACCCAUGAACUGUCCUGGACAUUGUCUGAUGUUCGAUCAUCGGCCCCGUUCCUGGAGGGAACUGCCACUGCGUCUGGCUGAUUUUGGCGUUCUCCACCGCAACGAGCUCUCCGGAGCUCUGACCGGACUUACCCGUGUCCGCCGCUUCCAGCAGGACGACGCGCACAUCUUCUGCGCUAUGGACCAGAUUGAAUCAGAGAUUAAAGGUUGUCUGGAGUUCCUGCGUGCAGUGUAUGAGGUCUUCGGCUUCACCUUCAAACUGAACCUCUCAACCAGACCAGAGAAGUUCCUCGGGGAGCCAGAAGUUUGGGAGCAGGCUGAGAAGCAACUAGAAAACAGUCUAAAUGAGUUUGGGGAGAAGUGGAUAUUAAACCCUGGAGAUGGUGCUUUCUACGGACCAAAGAUUGACAUUCAGAUCAAGGAUGCCAUUGGAAGAUACCACCAGUGUGCCACCAUCCAGCUUGACUUCCAGCUUCCCAUCCGCUUCAAUCUAACUUUCGUCAGCCAUGAUGGAGAUGAUAAGAAGAGGCCAGUGAUUAUUCACAGAGCUAUUUUGGGCUCGGUUGAGAGGAUGAUUGCCAUCUUGACGGAGAACUAUGGUGGCAAAUGGCCUUUGUGGCUUUCUCCAAGUCAGGUGAUGGUUGUGCCUGUUGGACCGACCUGUGAGGAUUAUGCCCAAAGGGUGCAAAAAGAGUUUCACAAUGCAGGCUUGAUGACUGAUGUAGAUCUGGAUCAAGGCUGCACUCUGAACAAGAAGAUCAGAAAUGCACAGUUGGCUCAGUAUAACUUUAUUUUAGUGGUGGGAGAGAAGGAGAAGAGCAGCGACACAGUAAAUGUGCGGACGAGAGAUAACAAGGUUCACGGGGAAAGAAGUCUGACCGACUGCAUGGAGCGCUUGAGACAACUGAAGGCUUCAAGAACCCGCAAUGCUGAAGAGGAAUUUUAAACACCUCAAAAUAUGUCAUGCCGAUCUGACAAGAUGUUUUACAUCUCAGGGAUGGGCAAACAAAUGCUGGUCCUCCGGCAGAAAUACUCAAAUACUCCCAAUUAAGAAAAUGCAUGCACGCGCACACACACACACACACACACACACACACACACACACACACACACACACACACAUUAUAUAAUAUAUAAAAUCAGUUUGAUUUUUUUAAUAUCCCUCCCUUCAGCUCGAUCAUAAUGAUUGUGUGUAAGAAUGGGUCGUGUUCUACCCUAAAGCUGUACACAGUCCUGACAUAGUCCUCAUGAGCUGUUGUAUUGUUUUUCAUAGAACAUAGAACAAAAAAGCAAUAAUAUGUCUGUAAAAUCUUAACACCAUUAUGAAGAGAUAUUGUGUAAAUUCACUCGCAUCUGCAUAUUAGUCUUUUUUUUUGUUUUGCAGAGCAAAUAAAUGGAUUCCAAAUUUUGUCUAAGAGAUAAUAUCUUUUUCUGGGUCAGUUGUAUGUUUAAUCAGUUUGUUUGUGUCAAAAUGAUCAAAUCGGUGACAAAAAUGUUCUUUUUCCUCUUUUUUUUGGAAGCUGUAAGAUUUCUGUCAGAAAAGAAAUAAAUCAAGGGCUUUCAGCAAAUGAAAUAAAUCUUGUACUCUUAAGA